CACUGGCUAUAAAAAGAAAACUCAAGCGAAACCAACCAGAAGAGUGACAAGCGAUGAUCAGGCUCCAGCAGAAGAUGGCACGGCACCACCUGUGGAUCUGGCUCUUUUGCCUGCAAACCUGGCCGGAAGCAGCUGGAAGAGAUGCAGACCUCUCUGUGGUGAAUGGAGUUCUGGGAGAGUCCGUUACUUUCCCCUUAAAUAUCCAAGAAUCAUGGCAAGUGCACAACAUUGUUUGGAAUUCUAAAACAUCAGUCGCUUUUGUGGAAACAGGAGACCAAAGAACACCUAAAGUGACCGUGACCCACAAAAAUUAUCGUGGACGAAUACAUGUGUUAAGUGAGAACUACAGCCUGGUCAUUAGCGGUCUGAGGAUGGAAGAUGCAGGAGACUACAAAGCAGACAUAAACACAAACACCAUGUCAGAGACUAUCACCAAGCACUAUCACCUUCAAGUCUACCGUAGACUUGGGAAACCAAAAAUUACGCAGAGUUUAAUGACAUCUAUGAACAACACCUGUAAUGUCACACUGACGUGUUCUGUGGAGAAGGAAGAACAAAAUGUGACAUACAGAUGGAGUCCCCUGGGAAAAGCAGGGAAUGUCCUCCAUGUCUUCCAGAGCUCAGAGAAUCAAAAGCUGAAUUAUACAUGUACAGCCCAGAACCCCGUCAGCAGCAAUUCCAACUCCGUCUCUGCCCAGCAGCUGUGCACAGACCAUGUAUCUAGCUUCCGUACUCGCCGCACCGGGCUGCUGAGUGGGCUGGCUGUGAUCAUGGUGCUUGUUCUCGUUCUGUCUUCAGUGUUCUUGUUCAUCCUUUUUCGCAAAAGAGGACAAGGUUCCUACUUGAAUACCUUCACAAAGAGCCCUGACUCUGACAUAGAUGUUGCCUCAAAGAAAACAAUCUAUGCGUAUGUCACGGUUUCAAGAGACACCCAGUCAGCGGAGUCCAGAAUCUAUGAUGAAAUCCCCCAGCCCAAGGCACUUUCCUCCAAGGAAGAGCCAGCGAACAGUCCUUACUCCACUGUGCAGUACUUGGAUAAGAUGGAGAAAGCUGACACCCAGAACAGCAAACCUCCUGGGACUCCAAGCUAUGAAUUCGUGAUCUAGGCCACCAGCUACGCACUCUCUCCAGGCUUUCUCUGCCCAGUUCUUACCAAGAGAUUGUAAAUCACCACACCCCUGCAUACAAGCCAAGCAGAUGAGCCUGCGUUGCUGGGCCUAGCUUGUGCCUAGACGGACAGAUGGAUCCAUGCCCUUUCUGAAGAGCUCCCUCUGGAUCGGUGACAGAGCAGGUUCCCAGAGCAGCGCUUCCCAAAUGUCCACAUCACAGCCCGUGUAGAAAACAGUAUUUUCACAGCACACGAGGGAAGCAAUCAGGGUUGCUCAUGUCUGGAGGCUUCCCAUGACCGGAGGUGACCACUCUACCUGGCAACCGUGGGAGGAGGAGAUCAAUAUGUUGCACACCUGCAAUGUCCAUGGCACAUCAGCAAGGACUUCCUGCUCACACUCAAUACACUCAUGUGCCAGGAGCCCUGGGGCAGGCCCUCUACCACUCCCUACAGCAUCUGCAGCAAAGGGGAGCAGAGUGUGAACUGCGGGUCAGCGCCCACAACCUGCUGCGCAGUGUGCACCGAGGGUCAGAGCCCAUAUCCUGCUGCCCAGGAAGCUUCCGGCAGAGUACAGUGGGUGUGGCCAGCUCAAACAUAGACUGCGGUACUGCAGGGAGGCUGCCAGAGUGCAGCUCUCAGUCUGUAGACACACUCCCUAGCGGAGUGUCAGAAAUGUGAUUUCUGCAGGGUCUGCUGUGCUGGGCACCGUUUUCUUAGGCUCUGCUUCAGAAAUCUUGGAGAGUUUUCUCUCUGACCAAGUUUGCUCUCUGCAGCCUUAGUAAGAAGUAGCAGCCACACCCAGUACUCCCACUCCCCAAAAGGAAUUGACCAGCAAAGUUUCUUCCACUUCAGGAGAACUGGGUGUAAACAGAUCACCAAAACAAGAGAUCUUGAAGGAGGCAGAGUCAUUCUUCGGAGGGAACUUGGGGGGCAACAAUGCAAGGGUUGAGACUGGGUGCAUACCAGUUCCUAAGGCACAGCUCAGAGAGCCGUGGGGUUCGAGCAGAUACUGAGUGCAUUGACCCUGAUGUCUCCCACCAGCACACAGCCAGCUGGCUCAGGCCAGCCUUAACUCCCAGCAGUGAGGAAGGAUCACCUACAGCUGAGCAAGACAUUCACGUGAUCUUCCAAGGAAGCAUCUCCCUGUGUUAGCCAACAUAACUAGCCACAUCCAAAAUUCCCACCCCAGCUCCAGGCUGGACAGCAGAGAUAAGUUGCAUUUAGGCAGAAUGAAGGAGUCAGUGCUAGAGAAUGGAUCCACAGAACCAUCUAGUACUGACUAGCCCUCUGUUAGAGGCUCUAAGGCCCCAAAGUAUAAAAUGAACAUAAUGUCUGCCUAUGUCUGGUGGAAAAGGCAACCCCAGCACAGACAUUUCAAUUUUCCUGGUAUCACCAGUCAAAAUUAAUCAUGCCCCCCCCCUUUUUUUUCUGGAGAGGUUUUCACUAUAGGGCGCGUGCGCUCGCCAGACAGAGAGACAUCACCCCCCCAGGGGGGAUGGUCACACCGCAAUCCCUUCUCCUCCAUUCUC